GCCCCGCGGAGGAGCGGCGCGGCGCGGCUCGGCUCGGCGCGGCUCGGCUCGGCUCGGCUCGGCUCGGCUCGGCUCGGCGUGCACCAUGGAGGUGGCGAGGCCGUGGCGGGCGCUGCUGUCCCUGGGGCUGGGGCUGUCGCUGCUGUUGACCGCGGCCGGUGACUUUUGCGAUGUCAACCACUGUCAGAAUGGAGGCACGUGCCUGACUGGCAUUAAUGAGACCCCCUUCUUCUGCAUCUGCCCUGAAGGCUACGUUGGGAUUGACUGCAAUGAGACUGAGAAAGGCCCCUGCCACCCUAAUCCAUGCCACAACAACGGCGAGUGCCAGUUGGUCCCUAAUCGAGGGGAUGUCUUCACUGAAUACAUCUGCAAGUGCCCUGUGGGGUAUGAUGGGAUCCAUUGCCAGAACAACAAGAAUGAGUGCUACUCCCAGCCUUGCAAAAAUGGAGGCACAUGCCUAGACCUGGAUGGCGACUACACCUGCAAAUGCCCUUCUCCAUUCUUGGGGAAGACUUGUCACGUCCGCUGUGCUGUUCUCCUGGGCAUGGAAGGGAGGGCCAUCUCCGAUGCUCAGCUCUCCGCCUCCUCUGUCCACUAUGGCUUCCUUGGCCUGCAGCGCUGGGGGCCGGAGCUUGCCCGCCUCAACAAUCAUGGCAUCGUCAACGCCUGGACCUCCAGCAAUUACGACAAGAGCCCAUGGAUCCAGGCCAACCUGCUGAGGAAGAUGAGGCUGAGUGGGGUCAUCACACAAGGUGCUCGCCGCGUGGGCCAGGCAGAGUAUGUCCGUGCCUUCAAAGUGGCCUACAGCCUGGAUGGACGGGAGUUCGUCUUCUGCAAGGAUGAAAAGCAGGACACGGACAAGGUUUUCCCGGGGAACGUGGAUUAUGGCACCAUGCAAACCAAUAUGUUCAACCCUCCCAUCACAGCCCAGUUCAUCCGUAUCUACCCCGUGAUGUGCCGCCGGGCCUGCACCCUCCGCUUUGAGCUUAUUGGCUGUGAGAUGAACGUGUAUUUCAACACGGCAGGUUGCUCGGAGCCUCUGGGCAUGAAAUCCCGCCUCAUCUCUGACCAGCAGAUCACAGCCUCCAGCGUCUUCAAGACCUGGGGCAUCGACGCCUUUACCUGGCACCCUCAUUACGCUCGCCUGGACAAGACGGGCAAAACCAACGCCUGGACGGCGCUCAACAACGACCAGUCUGAGUGGCUGCAGAUCGACCUCCGGGACCAGAAGAAGGUGACGGGCAUCGUCACGCAAGGCGCCCGCGACUUUGGGCACAUCCAGUACGUGGCAGCCUACAAGGUGGCCUACAGCGACAACGGCACGUCCUGGACCGUGUACAGGGACAGCCGGACGAACAGCACCAAGAUCUUCCACGGCAACAGCGACAACUACUCGCACAAGAAGAACGUGUUCGAUGUGCCCUUCUAUGCCCGCUUCGUCCGCAUCCUGCCUGUGGCCUGGCACAACCGCAUCACGCUGCGCGUGGAGCUGCUGGGCUGCGACGAGUAGGCGCCCGGGCCGGCGCGGAGAUCGAGGCCGGGACUGCUCCUCCCCGUCGUGUGCCCGCUCCCUGCCCUCCCCGCGCACCUCCUGCUGCAACCUCGCGCCUCCGUCCCUGCCGCGACCGGGAGAAAGGCGGAGGGAGGCUCUGGCCCCCCCGGCACCGCCUUGCCUUGGCGGCAGUCGCAGCCGGAACGGGGGCUGCCCGUGGGGGCUGCAGACCUGCACUUUAUGGGGCCGUCCGGGGUGGGGGACGGCGGCGCCUCCUGCCCAGUCGCCCCACGAGCCAGCGGCGAGGCCUCUUCCUGCAAAAGGGGCUUCGUUGUGGGAUGCCCUCCUGCAAACUGGGCUUCGCUGCAGCCUCGAGCCGAGCCUGGGAACAAAUUAUCUCCCCCUUUUCGCUUCUACUUUCAGCAGAGCAGCCAGGGCCGGUGGCAGUCUGCUGCCUUCACCGUUUCGGCUGAUUCUGGGGGGCCUAGGGUGGGUCCCCGGGGCUCGCGGCCUCCACCUUCCCUCCUGCUCCCUGCUUUGCUGCGAUCAGGGGCGCUGAAACCCCUUCGGCAGCCUCCCCAGCCCCCUUUCCCAGGCACUGGCCCCGCGCGCUGCUGGUGUCAGCUCCGCAUAGUGCGAGGGGAGUGAUGAGAGGGGCUGGGGCUGCGGCACGUAGCGAGCGCUGCCGGGCCUUCGGCGCUGCCCCGCGCCUCUGGGAUUUUUUGGCAGCCGAGAGCCCGUCCCGGCUCCCGCAGACCCCAGCGGAGGUUCACCCGCGGGGAGCUGGGCGCAGACCUGCCCUGCGGGCGCUUGCCGUGGGGCUACCCCCAGUCUCGCAGCCGGACGGAGGUCCGGCCCCGCGCUCCAGCUGGGGCUCUGCCGAGGACGGCGUGCCCCCAUCCUCUCCGUGCCUCGCGCCAGGCCCGGGGCGCAGUGCGGCCGGGGGGGGGGCGGGCACCUCGGGGGCAUUUUUUCCCUUUCUUUUGGCCGCUCUUGAGGCAGACGCUCCCCCUCGCGUUGCCUUCGUGCCAGCACCAGUUCCUCCACGUGUCUGCGUUGCCACCAGCCCUCCCGACCUUGCUGCGAUGGGGGUGGUGAAGGGGCGGCCAGGGGCUGCCAGCUGCUGCUGGAAGGAAAGAGGGAGAAAAACUUGAAAAAGCGGUGAAGUAACCCAAAUGCAGUAGGCAAAUAGCCCAAUCGCUGA